CGUGUGUAAUAAGACUAUUUUUUCUAGUUUUAUGUGUUCUUUUAAAUUGUGCAGUAUAUGAAGAGGAAUAUCUUGUGUCGUAACCGUCAAGCAAGUUUUUGUACCUUUUCUUAGUUCUAUAAUCUUAGAGCAUACACAAAGAUACUAAAUAUCUGUCACAUCCUCAACGCUAAGUUACAGAAAAUGGAAGAAACUGAAACUAAUGAAAACACACAAAACCAAAACAAAAAUAAAAACGAAAGCACACACGAAAAACCCGUCAUAACAUAUUCAAGGACUGAUUCUACAGGAAGUGUUUUUCUUGUAGUGUGUAUAAUCGGAGUUUCAUUGGGAAUUUUAUUAGAAAUUGUCAACAUAAAUAAUAAAAAUAAAAAUCUACCCAAGCAAGAAACAAUAAAACCAAAAUAUUGGGUCUACUCUGCCCAUAGUGAUGUUAAUAACCGAAAUGGUUUACUGAAACACGUUCAUUUGGUUUUGGAAAGAGUAGGCUAUGAAAAGAGUACAAAUUACACACCCUGGGAUUUGCUUUGGUCUCAUGAUUAUCCUUUCAGAGUGCUAUAUCCCCAUCUUCAUAGAUUAAAACCGCAUCAAAAAGUGAACCAUUUUCCUGGAUCAGGAUACAUAACGACUAAAGUAGAUUUGGCAACUUCCGAUUCUAAAUACAUACCAAAAGCUUUCAAAUUACCUCAAAACAAGGAACAAUUUUUAAAAUAUGCAAAGGAAAAUAAAGAUUCGGUAUUUUUAGAAAAACACAAUCACCACAGAGGCGUGUAUUUAAAAAACGUGAGUGAAAUAAACUUGUCAAGUGGCGAAAGUUUCGUGCAGGAGUACGUGCAGAAACCGUUUUUAGUUGAUGGACAUAAGUUUGAUAUUGGCGUUUAUGUUGUGCUCACUUCCGUGAAUCCUUUGAGAGCAUAUUGGUACAAAGGCGAUGUGUUGUUCAGAUACUGUCCAACAAAGUACUAUCCUUUUGAUCCUAGAGACCUGGACAAAUAUGUGGUUAGAGACGACUACCUACCUACAUGGGAGGUACCCUCAUUGGCACAUUCGUACACUGCUCUAGGAUACACCAUGAAAGAUUCCUUUGAUAUUUAUGCGAGAUCCAAAGGUAAGGAUCCGACAAAGAUGUGGGAAGAGGUGCAAAAAGCAAUAUCUGAGAUAUUCGUCAUGAAAGAAAAACACAUUAUCGAAGCUUUAAAGAACUACCCAUCAUCUGAUAACUUCUUCGAGUUAAUGCGUUUCGACUUGAUGAUGGAUGAAGAUCUUACGGUGUUCCUGCUGGAAGCCAAUAUGUCUCCAAACCUGAGUUCUGCCCACUAUCCUCCGAAUCAGUUGCUGUAUGAACAAGUGCUGUACAACGUGUUUUCCCUGACAGGUGUUAGUCAGGUGACUAGACCAAUCUCUUCAGACUAUAAAGAGAAGAUUGCGGCCGAGAACAUGGUAUCUACUCAGAAAAAUAUCGCCGUUUGGGGUGAUGAAUGCAGUUCAAUGUGCAAAGAUCAAUGCGUUGAGAACCCCAUAUGUGGAGUGUGUAAACAAUGCAUGAGUACUAAACUUAGAGACAGUCUACUUAAAGCACAUAGAGAAUAUUUACAUCGUGGCGACUUUAGAAGACUAUUUCCACAGAAUAUGAAACCCAAUGCACCAUUGGAAGAAUUGAAAAAUGCGAACCAAAUGAAUAAACUACAACAUAUGUGGUACCAAGGGAAAUGUAACACAGAUACAACAUGGUGUACAUAGGAAAAAUUAUAUAGAUAGUAUAUAUUACCUUAUUUUUGCCUGUUUUAGACAUGAAGUUUAAAAACAAAAAUGUUAAACAAAAGUUUUAUUAAAUAUCUGAAAACAAGUUUUC